AUUGUCAGCAGAAGGCGAGGCAGAACCGAGAAACAAGGAGGGCCAUCCAGCGCAGGUGAACGGGGAAUGAGAACGAGGGUGAUCGCCCGCCAAUAACCCGAGUGGCGUUGCGGGGAUCUGCAUGCAGGAUCGCAUGGAGCAGUGGUCCCUCUUCUCAUUCCAAACUGACUGAGAACUGCAUAUCUGACGGGGUUCUUGAUGUCCAGCGCAGGUGCAACCCAAGCAAGAUCAAGAAUCUAUACCCACUACGAUGUCCUCCAACUCCCUCGCCGUCCCGAACAGUUCGACCGCCUGUCCAAGGACGACAUCAAGGCCGCAUACCGACGCGCAUUACUCAUACAUCAUCCAGACAAAUCUCCCAGUACCACCACGAAUACCUCCCUGAAAACCCUGCGGAACAAUGGGUCUCCAACACCAAGGCCCAUAUACUCGGUAGAUGACAUCGUUGUCGCAUAUGAGGUUCUCUCCGACGCAAAGAAACGCGCGGAAUAUGAUCAUACCCUGGAUCACGCUGUGAGCUUUGGUCGGGAGGAUAAGAGCGGUGACAAAGGCACACACAUUGGAGUAGAGGCCUAUGACCUUGAAGAUCUAAGGUUCGAUGAGAUUCGGUCAGUCUGGACCAAGGGCUGCCGCUGCGGUGACGAAGAAGGCUAUACUGUGACCGAGUCUGAUCUCGAGAAAGAGGCGCAGCAAGGGGAGAUUUAUGUCGGUUGUCGAGGAUGUAGUCUCUUCAUCAAGGUCUUGUUUGCCCUUGAGGAGGCGUGAAAAGGAUCAUCUUCUCAAUGUGGCCUCGGACUCGCCUUUUCGGCUUCGUGCAAGGCGGUGAUUGCCUCACAAACAUCCGUCGAGCGGCCUUGCAGAAUGGCUUCAAACUCUUGCUUGAUCGUUUCAUGCGCCCUGGCAAACUCUUGGACUGUCUGAAUGAUUCGUUUCUCAACAUCUGCUUUCCUCUCUGUCAAUGCGAGCAGCCUGGUCAAAAACUCGUCUCGAUACCGCUUCCUGUGGACGCGGGUCCAAGUCAAUCGGAGCCGCCCGUAACAACUCGCGAAAGAGGAGACAGAUCCUUGGAAAGUUCUUACGUGUCUCGCUGGCACCUUUCCACUCUUUCGUCAAUCUGCGCCUCGAGCUCGUGGAACUCAUUUUCAAAGUCCUUCUCUAGACGUUGCUGUCUUUGUCCUUUACGAAGACCGACCUGGCGACAGCAAAUGUCAGUACCAGUUCAGCGCAACAGCAGAAUCUCUUCUCGCCGCCCGGCAGCGGAAAUAUUGAGAAUGAGCAAGGCGGUAGGAAGCGAGUGUGACUUUUGCCAGAAGACAGAUGCUUUCUGACGAAGUGCAAUGGGUGACCAGGCAGGUGUCAAGAGGCGGCAGAACCAGAGACAGAGUAACAAAACUUCAGAGGGGCCUCCUUCGCUCUGAUGCCGAUGAACAGGUCCCCCUUCCCGCACGAUACUCACAUCAAUGGCCAUUGUCUUCUUCAGGUUCUCCUCCUUCUUCUUCAACUGCCCUUUUGUGCUGUCGAUCUCCAUGCCGGAAUCUUCUUCUUCUCCCCCACUGUCUUCGUCCCUGUUGAACUGAGCGGGUGCCGAGUUCCUCUUGACCCGUUUCGAAGACAUUGUCGAGAACCGGUAAUUGAUGCGGAGGAGGGAAAAGAGGUACAGGAAGAGGUGUGGUGGAAUGGGACGGAGACGGUGGGAGGCGUGCGCUGCGAUCAACUCAAAUGGCUUUGAAGUUGGCACGAAAGCCGCAGAGAAAGUGUGGGAGAAAGAUAUAUAUACCUAGUAUCGUCGUGAAGGAUAUAGUCACAGUAAGCAAUCCUAAGGUUUAAGAAAGGAGGCAAGAGCGAAUAAAUACCGACGAACAGCAG